UGUGUAUUACUGUGAGCUGUGUGUGUGUGGGUUUCACUGGUCUGGGGCUGGACUGGGUUUCACUGGUCUGGGGCUGGACUGGGUUUCACUGGUGUGGGGCUGAACUGGGGUUCACUGGUCUGGGGCUGGACUGGUGAGGACUGAGAGCUUGUGUGCCCUCCAUGUCCUUCUCACAUUGACAGCGUGGGAGAGCUGAGAUCUCACACACACACACACACACACACACACACACACACACACACACACACACACACACACACACACCGAGGAGACGACACACACACAUCCUAAUUGUGUCGAGACGAUAUUGACCUCUUGGGGAAUCCCCCCGUAUUUCUGUGCUGACGAUGGCGUCAGUGGCUUAUGUGUUGUUGCUGGUGGCUGCUGUCGUGCUGGGACUGUACCACAUCUUGGUGGAAGGGGGGUGUGCUGGGAAGUGCUGCGGAGGUUCUGACAUCACCUGUGUAACGGCAGACUGGAGGAUGGACCGGGUAUACAGAGCCUGCUACUGCGACGAGGGCUGCCUCAGGACCAAAGACUGUUGCUAUGACUACCCCACCGAGUGCCCAGCCCAGUCGUGUGUGGUGACUGCGUGGAGUCACUGGAGCGGUUGUGCCCAGCCCUGCCAGCGUGCCAGGAGGAACAGGCAGCGCCACAUUGUGCAGGAGCCCAAGAACAGUGGAGAUCCCUGUCCCAAUCUGGAGGAGCAGGCAGGCUGCAUGGACUACCAGUCACACCAGGGAGAGGUCUGCUCUCAGAAUACUGGGUCUGGUUGGCUGUUGACCUACCACCUGGGGACUGUGAGGGUCCACUGGCCACCCUGCCUCCUUGACAUGGGGACCACUGAGGGUCUGGUUGCCUCCUCUGACAUGGGGACCACUGAGGGUCUGGUUCUGGUGUUGACCACUGGGGACCCUGCCUCCUCUACCCUCUGUGGUGUUGACAUGGGGACUUGUGAAAUGUCACAUAUGAUAUUUCAAAAAACCCUCUGCUUGUCCCCUUCCUCCGUCCCCUUCCUCCGUCCCCUUCCUCCGUCCCCUUCUGUCAGGUUCUGUAUGGAGUAUAAGAUGGAGUCUCUGACUCCUCACUGUAGGGCAGAGACCCGACCACACGCCCGCUGGAUGCAGUACCUACGGGAGGGUCACGUGGUGUGUGUGGCGUGCCGACCACCCGCCAUGCGUAACCGUAGCGGCAGCUGCCAGGGAGACGGGCAAGAAUCCGACAGUGAGGAGCUGCUCCAUUGGCUGGCUGUGGGGAACUCUCGCUGUCGAGGAACAUGGAAGAAGGUCCAGAGAACAGCACACUGCUCCUGUCCUCACGUCCACAGCUUCCUCUUCAUAUAAACACACAGCAAGCCCCAGUCUGGCAACUGGCACCCUGUUCAUUAUAUAGACAGGUUGGCUGACAACAGCACGAACAUGAUGUGUGCCCAUAGAUGGGGAAGAAGGCAGUGUGUUAUGAUUGUGAACGGUCAAAUAGCUAGCAAUUAUGACAAGAAGCUGCCAUGUGAGGAAUUGUAUCAUUUCAGGUAGUUAGUGUGGUUUGCGAAGCAAGAGUCCCCACUUUAAAUCUUCAACAUAUACUACAUGGCCAAAAGGCUAUGGACAACCUUUCAAAUGAGUGGAUUCGGCUAUUUCAGCCACACCCUUUUGCUGACAGGUGUAUAAAAUCGAGCACACAGUCGUACAAUCUCCAUAGACAAACAUUGGCAGUAGAAUGGCCCGUACCGAAGAGCUCAGUGACUUUCAACGUGGCACCGUCAUACGAUGCCACCUUCCCAACAAGUCCGUUUUCAAUUGUCUGCCCAGCUAGAGCUGACCCGGUCAACUGUAAGUGCUGUUAUUGUGAAGUGGAAACUUCUAGGAGCAACAACGGCUCAACCGCAAAGUGGUAGGCCACACAAGCUAACAGAACGGGACCGCCGAGUGCUGAAGCGUAUAAAAAUUGUCUGUCCUCGGUUGCAACCCUCACUACUGAGUUCCCAACUGCCUCUGGAAGCAACGUCAGCACAAGAACUGUUCGUCUCGAAAGUCAUGAAAUGGGUUUCCAUGGCCAAGCAGCCUCACACAAGCCUAAGAUCACCAUGAACAAUGCUAAGCGUCACCUGGAGUGGUGUGAAGCUCGCCGCCAUUGGACUCUGGAGCAGUUGGAAACGCGUUCUCUGGAGUGAUGAAUCACGCUUCACCAUCUGGCAGUCCGAGUGUAGAAUCUGGGUUUGGCGGAUGCCAGGAGAACGCUACCUGCCCCAAUGAAUAGUGACAACUGUAAAGUUUGGUGGAGGAGGAAUAAUGGUCUGGGGCUGUUUUUCAUGGUUGUGCCCCUUAGUUCCAGUGAAGGGAAAUCUUAACGCUACAGCAUACAAUUACAUUCUAGACUAUUCUGAGCUUCCAACUUUGUGGCAACAGUUUGAGGAAGACCCUUUCCUGUUUCCGCAUGACAAUGCCCCCAUGCACAAAGCGAGGUUCAUACAGAAAUGGUUUGUCGAGAUCGGUGUGGAAGAACUUGACUGGCCUGCACAGAGCCCUGACCUCAACCCCAUCGAACACCUUUGGGAUGAAUUGGAACGUCGACUGCGAGCCAGGACUAAUCGCUCAACAUCAGUGCCCGACCUAACUAAUGCUCUUGUAUCUGAAUGGAAGCAAGUCCCUGCAGCAAUGUUCCAACUACUAGUGGAAAGCCUUCCCAGAAGAGUAAAGGCUGUUACAGCAGCAAAGUGGGGACCAACUCCAUAUUAAUGCCCAUGAUUUUGGAAUGAGAUGUUGGACGAGCCGGUGUCCACAUACUUUUGGUCAUGUAGUGUUUUUCCUACUCAUUAUAGUUUGGAACGCUACUCCUCUUAAGAUAGAGAAGUGAUUCAAACUUUAAAACGUGUAGACCGGUCUGGAUUAAUUUGCUUGUAUACAACUUUUUGAUAUAUUUUAUAUAUUUUUUAACUAUUAAGAGUUUUGUCCUUCUUUUUGUCAUCCAAAUCAUUUAAUUUCCUCAACAUUCUAAAGGCCCUAUUGUGACAUGCAUUUCCUCAACAUUCUGAAGGCCCUAUUGUGACAUCCAUUUCCUCAACAUUCUGAAGGCCCUAUUGUGACAUGCAUUUCCUCAACAUUCUGAAGGCCCUAUUGUGACAUCCAUUUCCUCAACAUUCUGAAGGCCCUAUUGUGACAUCCAUUUCCUCAACAUUCUGAAGGCCCUAUUGUGACAUCCAUUUCCUCAACAUUCUGAAGGCCCUAUUGUGACAUCAAUUUCCUCAACAUUCUUCCAAAUGGACAAUGACCCCAAGUUGCGGCAAAAUGGCUUAAGGACAACAAAGUCAAGGUAUUGGAGUGGCAAAAGUGUGUGAGAGCAAGGAGGCCGACAAACCUGACUCAGUUACACCAGCUCUGUCAGGAGGAAUGGGCCAAAAUUCACCCAACUUAUUUUGGGAAGCUUGUGGAAGGCUACCCGAAACGUUUGACCCAAGUUAAACAAUUUAAAGGCAAUGCUACCAAAUACUAAUUGAGUGUAUGUAAACUUCUGACCCACUGGGAUUGUGAUGAAAGAAAUAAAAGCUGAAAUAAAUCAUUCUCUCUACUAUUAUUCUGAAAUUUCACAUUCUUAAAAUUAAGUGGUGAUCCUAACUGACCUAAGACAGGGAAUUUUUACUCUGAUUAAAUGUCAGGAAUUGUGAAAAACUGAGUUUAAAUAUAUUUGGUUAAGGUGUAUGUGAACUUCCGACUUCAACUGGAUGUAUGAUAGUUGAAUUCCUUUGUCUCCCCCCCUUUUAAUUGUGUAACAAGCCGUAAUAUCGGGGUAGUCCACUAGGGACUUUUCAUUGUAUCAUGUUAAUACUCACUGUAUAAUCUAUCCUGUGUGUGUUUUUUGUAUUUCCGUGUGAUUAUUUCAUUAGUUAGUAAAUAAAUAAUUAAGCCAA